AUGGUUGUGUAUGCGUUUAUGACACCUAUUUUCUAUGUUGUCUUUGCUUUACUUACCAUUUCAAAUGUGAAAAAGACAAAAAGAUUACUAGUUAACACGGCUAAAAGAAAUGGUGUAUGUGUUCGUUCACAUAUACAACAUCAAACACUUAAUACUCAACUUCUUCGUAUGCUUCUUGUUCAAGUGCUAUCGUUUAUUGUAUUGUUCAUGCCAUUUGCAGUAUGGAGUGUCUAUGCUGGUGUCAGUAGUACUUGGAUAAAAUCUCAAUGGCAACGUAGCCUGGAAGCUCUUCUAUCUGUUUGUUUUCGUUUCUUAGCCUAUGCCAAUAAUGGUUCCUCAUGUGUUGUUUAUGCACUUACUGCACGACUUUUUCGCCAAGAACUUCGAGCUCUUCUAAGUUGUAAAUGGACAAGAUUUUCAAAAAAUCAACCAUAUGGUAAAAUUUUUUCGAUUGGUCAACGUGUUGGUCCUGCUCCAAUUCAAACAGCGGAAAAGAUUGUAAAAAUUAACAAUAAUCAUAUCAAUCAUCAUAUAUAG